GGGCUGCCAAGGCUGGCCACAUGUUAGCGGAAGCCAGGCGAACGUGUGCGGGACACCUGCAUUAAUCCGCUGCCAUUUCUUACCUCCUUCCGAGACGGAGAUGCUGGUCUUCUCCCUUUGACUGUGGGGCUGGAUGUGUCCUCCGCAAGGUGUAACCAGGUGAAUGACAAGUCCAAUGGAGGCCCUGCUGUUUUAUCUGAUGGUCCUCUGUGUGACUGUAAAGGCCCACAAGGUUCAAGUCUGCCCCAAGCGUUGCAUUUGCCAAGUGCUCAACCCCAAUUUGGCCACACUGUGCGAUAAAAAGGGGCUGCUCUUCGUGCCCCCCAAUAUCGACCGGCACACGGUGGAAAUGCGCCUGGGGGACAACUUUGUCACCAGCAUCAAGCGCAAGGACUUUGCCAACAUGACCAAGCUGGUGGACCUGACGCUUUCCCGCAAUACCAUCGGGACCAUCGUGCCGCAUGCCUUUAAGGACCUGGAGAACCUGCGGGCGCUCCACUUGGACAGCAACCGCUUGACGCGCAUCACCAACGACACCUUCAGCGGCAUGUCGAAGCUGCACCACCUCAUCCUGAACAACAACCAGCUCACGCACGUUCAGAUCGGCGCCUUCAAUGACCUGACGGCCCUGGAGGAACUGGACCUGUCCUACAACAACCUGGAGAGCGUGCCCUGGGUGGCCAUUCAGAGAAUGUCCAGCCUCCACACCCUCAACCUGGACCACAACAUGCUCAGCUACAUCCCAGAGGGUACCUUCUCGGGUCUACAGAAGCUUAAGAGGCUGGACGUGACCUCCAACAAGCUCCAGAAGCUGCCCCCGGACCCCAUUUUCCAGAGAGCUGGGGUCCUAGCCACUUCGGGAAUCAUGGGGCCCACUUUGUUCGCAUUGAGCUUUGGCGGGAAUCCGCUGCGGUGCAAUUGCGAGCUGCUCUGGCUGCGGAGGUUGCGGCGCGAGGACGACCUGGAGACCUGCGCCUCGCCUCAACACCUCGCCGGACGCUAUUUCUGGACUGUGUCGGAAGAGGAGUUCCUGUGCGAGCCUCCUCUCAUCACUAGACACUCUCAGGAGCUGCGGGCCCUGGAGGGUCAGAGCGUGACACUACGUUGUAAGGCUCGGGGGGACCCGGACCCCAUCAUCCACUGGAUAGCCCCUGACGGACGCCUAAUGUCAAACUCUUCCAGAGCCUCCGUGCACAGCGAUGGCACGCUAGAUAUCCACAUCAGCACCGUCAAGGACUCAGGUUCUUUCACCUGCGUGGCCUCCAACCCGGCCGGUGAAGCCCAGCAGAAGGUCGACCUGGUCAUCGCUAAGCUGCCUCACAUCACCAACAACACAGCCGUCGAGCAAGAGCCUGACCCGGGGUCUUCGGACAUCGCCACUGUGACUAAGACGGGGGCGGAGGGUCUGGGCGGCGGCGUGCCCCUCGGGAACACCAAGACGGGCCUGGAGAAGAAGGUGGUCAUAGCCGAGGCCACGUCAACCUCGGCUGUGGUCCACUUCAAUUUCCAAAGGAACAUUCCGGGCAUCCGUAUGUUCCAGAUCCAGUACAACGGGACCUACGAUGACUCGCUCGUGUACAGAAUGAUCCCGCCCACCAGCGAAAGCAUCCUGGUCAACAACCUGGCGGCGGGGACGCAAUAUGACCUCUGCGUGCUGGCCAUCUACGACGACCAGGUCACUUCACUGACCGCCACACGGGUCAUCGGCUGCAUCCACUUCACCACCGAUCCGCAGUACCUGAGGUGCCAUUUCAUGCAGUCCCAGUUCCUGGGUGGGACCAUCGUGGUCAUCAUUGGAGGGAUUAUCGUGGCCUCGGUGCUGGCGUUUAUCGUCUUCCUCAUUGUCCGCUACAGAGUGUGCAAUCAGGGAGACGCAGAUAAGACUCUGGAGAUGGGCGACAUUCGUUCCCUGAGCAGCGAUGGGCAACUUCAAGGCUGUGGACUCCCCAAGUCUCUGUCCAAGCAGGUCCUACAUCCUGAGAAGAACGACAAGGACUGCCUUCGAGUCGCCCUCCCGCCCCUGGAGCCGGCCAAGCAGCGAGUGCCCGUCGCAAUCACCGCCGCCAACUCCGGCACCGGCAAACCCUCACUGCCCGACUGCACUGUGUCGACCUCGGCCGCCAGCCAUAGUUGGCACCCGGCCUCCCCAACGGUGAGGCGCCCGAUGGCCCCGUCAAAACCGUCCGACGUCCGGCGAGCCGAGAUGCAAGAGAACGUCGAACUCAACAACGUCAACCGCAAUAACUCCUCAGCGGCGAAGGUGCCACUUGUGGUAUCCCGUGCCCAAGCUCCCAAAUGGACUGCAGCUCCCAGCAGGGUGCCGCGUGCACGCCAGGCCCCUCGGCAGUACAUGACCGUGCCCGCGGGGGCCGUCAGAUUCAACCGCAGACACUCCCUCAACGCGGAUUCGUGCCGGGAGCGCUUAUACGUGGGCUACACCAAAACGGGCACCAGCCUGCGCUCCAAGCGAAGCCUGUCCAUGAGUGGCGAGCUACCGCAGAUGCUCAACACCGCAAACAUUCAACGGGCCCGCGACAAGCUGUCCCGCUCCGAGUGGCUCCUGGAGAGCACCUUAUGAUUCGGAGUUUACCGACGGAUUUUUCCUGAAUUGGAUUUGUGACCUGCUUGAAGGAGAACAGCCUUGCCCUGUCGUUGGCGUUAGCGUCCGGCCGUUUGGAGGAGAGGGAGGGUCGUGGCCUUGAAGGACCUCCACGCAAAUCAAAUGGAAAUAUGAGCGGGCGUACGGACCCGCCUUUGGUUUAUACGCUGUAACCAAUCGAUGUUUUCUUCACAAGUGGACCAUGAGAAGCACAACAUGUAUAGUAUAAAACAAGCUCCUGUACAAAGGUUUUCUUUCCAAGGCGUAUAUCUCAAGGCAGCGCUGGAAAGCUGUUUGAAAGGACAUCAAAUAAAUGCUCAAAUGGCUUCUAUAAAGCUGUCUGAGAAUUUAUUCCAUCUCCUUCAUACCAAUCUUGAGGUACAUGAAAGUACGGUCUUCGUCCUCUUACAAAGACAAUUCACUAGGAUGCACUUGCAGAACAACUGUGUCUUAUUGGAUGUUUUUCCACCACUAGUGCCACUUUUGGAAUUCUCGAAAGCAAUUAAAUGUUUUGGGGUAAACUACUGCUCCGCAGCAGUAGCACUACUGGGCCCAACUUGUAGGCAUGUGUCAUGCACACAUUACUAGUAGGAGGCAGUUGUUCUACUAAUGUGCUGAUUUGUCUUACUCGAGCGUACUAAUACAUGGACCUGAAGAUAGAGAGCAAGGAUACAGAAUAAAUUCCCAUACGGCUUUCCAUUUGGCGACUACUUAUCAUCAUUCCGAAUGCGGUAACCCAGACACUGCACGAUAAAGACAGACGAGGACUCGCCUCUGAAUAACCUUUUUUUUUUCCCUGUGUGUGGAGAUAAUGAAUGUGCUUUUACAUGCCAGACGGAGCACAAUGCAGCUUUUCUGGGAGGGGGGGGGGGGGGUGGCAUAAGUUGACUCAGCCUGAUACUGCCCUCUGGUUAGAAUUGAUCGGAUCACUUUUAUCACAUAAGUACGUCAAGACCCGCCGGGUAUGGUU